ACGGACAAAAAUCGUAUAUAAAAACACUUAGAGGUCCAAAUCAAAGCAUCAGUUUUGCAAUCAACUUAAGUUUGGUCAAAUCGUGUGAAAAUAUAAACAUGUUCAAAUUUGUUAUCGUGUGUGCUUUAAUAGCUAGUGCGGCGGCCGUCCAUGAAGAGCUUCAUCAUGAUGAACAUCAUUAUGAUAACCAUCACUCGAACAGCGACGACGUUCACGCUGAGCUGAAAUCCUAUCAUUCUGACGUACAUCAUAAAGGCUUUGAAUACGCCUUUGAGACAAGCAAUCAUAUCCGUGCAGCCGCUCACGGUGACGAGCACGGUAACGUUCAGGGUGAUUUCGAAUGGGUUGAUCCUCAUGGCGAACAUAUUGCUGUGAAAUACGGCGCCGACGAACAUGGAUAUCAUCCCGAAAGUCAUGUUUUGCCUACACCUCAUCCCAUCCCCGAUUAUAUCCUCCGUUCGAUUGAAUAUAUUAACGCUCAUCCUUAUCAUGAACCUGAACAUCAUGAACAUCAUCAAGCCCACCAUGAACAAGCUCAUCAUCAUCAGCAACACCAUGAGCCCGUGCAUCACCAUGAACCUGUUUACCAUCAAGAUUCUCACAGUCACUAUGGCCAAAAGAAAAUCUAAAUUGAAUUUUAUUUGCAAAUUGUAAAAUGUUUCAUUGGAUAUAUUCAAGUCUUUCAAGUCUUCAGUGUAAUAAAAUUAUUUA